UGGGGGUGCUGGGAGCCGGGAAGACCCCCCGAAUCGUUUCCAUUCAGCUGCCCUUCGUUUUCGCUUUCUUCACUUUUUCCUCUCCUGCGUUGCCAGCAAGCACCUGGUUUCAGGGCUGAGGGCAAGCCCGUGUCUAGGCGCGUGUCGCGCUCUGGUCCAGGGAGAUUCGCUGGGGUGGAGGGAAGGGGGAGGGCCUGGGCAAACCGUUGCUGCCUCAGCCGGGGCCGGGGUCCGGGGAGGGGGAGCUCUUGGCACCCCGUGGACUCGCGGCCUACGGCGGUCCCCGCGAAGCUGUUCGCCGAUCCGGGCUCGCGGGAACCUGCCACCGGCGCCUCCCACCGCGGCCCACGCGGGCGGCGCGCGGAGUAGGGGGCGGGGGCAGCGGCGGCUGUAGCGGCCGCGACCUGGGCGGGCGGAGGAGUGUGACGGGCCUCGGGGCCGCUGUGGAUGGUUUCUAAAAUGAUCAUUGAAAACUUCGAGGCACUCAAGUCCUGGCUCAGCAAGACUCUCGAGCCCAUCUGUGAUGCAGAUCCAUCAGCCCUGGCAAAGUAUGUUCUCGCUUUGGUAAAGAAAGACAAAAGUGAAAAAGAGUUAAAGGCAUUAUGUAUUGAUCAACUGGAUGUAUUUCUUCAAAAAGAGACACAGAUAUUUGUGGAAAAACUUUUUGAUGCUGUGAAUACAAAGAGUUAUCUACCUCCUCCAGAGCAGCCAUCAUCAGGAAGCUUAAAGGUAGAAUUUUUUCAGCACCAAGAAAAAGAUAUAAAAAAAGAAGAGAUCACAAAGGAGGAAGAGCGAGAGAAGAAGUUUUCUAGAAGGCUAAAUCACAGUCCUCCUCAGUCCAGCUCCCGAUACAGAGAAAAUAGAAGUCGUGAUGAGAGGAAAAAAGAUGAUCGUUCUCGCAAAAGAGAUUAUGAUCGAAACCCCCCUCGAAGAGAUUCAUACAGAGACCGGUACAACAGAAGACGAGGGCGAAGUCGCAGUUACAGCAGGAGUCGGAGUCGAAGUUGGAGUAAAGAGAGGCUUCGUGACAGAGAUAGGGAUAGAAGCAGGACUAGAAGCAGGAGCAGGACACGAAGCAGGGAAAGGGAUCUGGUAAAACCUAAAUAUGACCUGGAUAGAGCAGAUCCAUUAGAAAACAAUUAUACUCCAGUCUCUUCGGUACCUAAUAUUUCAUCUGGCCACUACCCUGUACCUACUUUGAGCAGCACUAUUACAGUAAUUGCUCCUACUCAUCAUGGUAACAACACUACCGAAAGUUGGUCUGAAUUUCAUGAAGACCAGGUGGACCAUAAUUCAUACGUAAGACCACCAAUGCCAAAGAAACGGUGUAGAGACUAUGAUGAAAAGGGUUUCUGUAUGAGAGGAGACAUGUGCCCGUUUGAUCAUGGAAGUGACCCAGUAGUUGUAGAAGAUGUCAAUCUUCCUGGUAUGCUGCCUUUCCCAGCACAGCCUCCUGUUGUUGAAGGACCACCUCCUCCUGGACUCCCUCCUCCACCACCAAUUCUUACACCCCCGCCUGUGAAUCUGAGACCCCCUGUGCCACCGCCAGGCCCAUUACCACCCAGUCUACCGCCUGUCACAGAUGAUAUUUCUUAUUCUUUGGUUUUGACAGGACCACCACCUCCACUUCCUCCUUUGCAACCGUCUGGCAUGGAUGCGCCCCCAAACUCUGCAACCAGCUCUGUUCCUACUGUGGUAACAACUGGCAUUCAUCACCAGCCGCCUCCUGCUCCUCCCUCUCUUUUUACUGCAGUUUUUGUAUUACCAGAUACAUAUGACACAGAUGGCUACAAUCCUGAAGCCCCAAGCAUAACAAACACUUCCAGACCAAUGUAUAGACACAGAGUGCAUGCACAAAGGCCCAACUUGAUAGGGCUCACAUCAGGGGAUAUGGAUUUGCCACCCAGAGAAAAGCCUCCUAAUAAAAGCAGUAUGAGGAUAGUAGUGGAUUCAGAGUCAAGGAAAAGAACCAUUGGUUCUGGGGAGCCUGGAGUUCCUACAAAGAAGACUUGGUUUGAUAAACCAAAUUUUAAUAGAACAAACAGCCCAGGCUUCCAGAAAAAGGUUCAGUUUGGAAAUGAAAAUACGAAACUUGAACUUAGGAAAGUUCCUCCAGAAUUAAAUAAUAUCAGCAAACUUAAUGAGCAUUUUAGUCGAUUUGGAACCUUGGUUAACUUGCAGGUUGCCUAUAAUGGGGAUCCUGAAGGUGCCCUUAUCCAAUUUGCAACAUACGAAGAAGCAAAGAAAGCGAUAUCAAGUACAGAAGCAGUGCUAAAUAAUCGAUUUAUUAAAGUUUACUGGCACAGAGAAGGAAGCACCCAGCAGUUGCAAACUACUUCUCCAAAGGUAAUGCAGCCUUUAGUUCAGCAGCCCAUUUUGCCUGUUGUGAAGCAGUCAAUCAAAGAGCGGUUGGGUCCAGUACCUUCAAGUACUAUUGAGCCAGCAGAAGCCCAGAGUGCCAGUUCAGACCUUCCUCAGAAUGUAACUAAGUUAUCUGUGAAGGACAGGUUGGGUUUUGUAUCAAAGCCAUCUGUUUCAGCAACUGAAAAGGUGUUGUCUACAUCUACUGGCCUAACAAAAACGGUGUAUAAUCCAGCUGCUUUGAAGGCUGCACAAAAAACCUUACUUGUUUCCACUUCUGCAGUUGAUAAUAAUGAAGCACAGAAAAAAAAGCAGGAGGCAUUGAAACUUCAGCAAGAUGUAAGGAAAAGGAAACAAGAAAUUUUAGAAAAGCACAUUGAAACACAGAAGAUGUUAAUUUCAAAACUGGAGAAAAACAAAGCAAUGAAGUCUGAAGAUAAAGCAGAAAUAAUGAAAACUUUAGAGGUUUUGACUAAAAAUAUUACCAAGUUGAAAGAUGAGGUCAAAGCUGCUUCUCCUGGACGCUGUCUUCCAAAAAGUAUAAAAACUAAGACUCAGAUGCAGAAAGAGUUGCUUGACACAGAACUGGAUUUAUAUAAGAAGAUGCAAGCUGGAGAAGAAGUCACUGAACUUAGGAGAAAGUACACAGAAUUACAGCUGGAGGCUGCAAAGCGAGGGAUUCUUUCAUCUGGUCGUGGUAGAGGAGUUCAUUCACGAGGUCGAGGUGCAGCUCAUGGCCGAGGCAGGGGUCGAGGCCGAGGUCGAGGUGUGCCUGGUCAUGCUGUGGUGGAUCACCGUCCCAGGGCAUUGGAGAUUUCUGCAUUUACAGAGAGUGAUAGAGAAGAUCUUCUUCCUCACUUUGCGCAAUAUGGUGAAAUUGAAGAUUGUCAGAUUGAUGACUCUUCACUUCAUGCAGUAAUUACAUUCAAGACACGAGCAGAAGCUGAAGCAGCUGCAGUUCAUGGAGCUCGUUUCAAAGGGCAGGAUCUAAAGCUGGCAUGGAAUAAGCCAGUAACUAAUAUUUCAGCUGUUGAAACAGAAGAAGUUGAACCUGAUGAAGAGGAAUUUCAGGAAGAGUCUUUGGUGGAUGAUUCAUUACUUCAAGAUGAUGAUGAAGAAGAAGAGGACAAUGAAUCUCGUUCUUGGAGAAGAUGAUUUGACUGAUCAUUGAUCUGCAUAUGAUAGAACUCUACCUGUGUUUCAUUAGUAUUAUCUAAUGUACUUUUACAUAUUUGUAAAAACAAUUUUUGGUAAAAUGUGAUGAAGAUGGAUUUCACAAAUAGACAAAAGAGAAGAAAACUACCUUCUGAAUCCUGUAUUUUGAAAGAUUGAUGUUUGCGUUUUAUUUCAGUAAACAAUUGGUAAAGACAUCACACUAGAAACAUAUGCAAUGUUUUUAUUACUUACUGAACAUUACAGAAUUCUUUGGGUUCUUUGUAAUUUAAUGAAUAGGUCUGAAGACUUAAUGACCAAUACUUGUUAUAACUUAGAGAAUUUUGUUUUACUCCAAAUAAGGAAUGAAUUUGCAUUUAAAAUCUUAAUGAAUGUUUUCAAAAAAUGAAUAGAUAACAUAGUACUCUUAACUGAAGUCUCCAAGUUAUGUAUUCAUAAUAUUACAUAGUAGUAUGCUUAGGCUUUACUAUGUAUUAGCCUUUUGUUGGACUUGUGUAUGUAUUUUACCAUAUGGGUUUUAAUGAUAACGGUGUAUGACUGCUUUGCAUUUGAGUCCUUAUGCAUUCAGAUGUUAAAAAAUAAAGUGGAAUGGUCUCUUGAAAAGAAAAGAAAAGAAAAAAGCAAUGACAAAAAAAAAAAGACAAUGUUCCUUGAUUUAAAAAAAGAAAAAAGAAAAAAAAAAAAGAAAAGAAAAAGAAUUAAAAUAAAUAGACCAUUCCAGAUGGUGAUCUACCCUUCUCCCCAGUUAUCACAAAGGAGCUAUAAUCACUAACUUAUUCUUAAUAAUGGUUACUGGUACCUUUACAAUAAUGUACAAUCCAUUGUUUAAAAUUUAUACCACUUCAGUUUGGUUUGAUCCUAUAAACUUUCAACAGAUGUCUUAAAAUUUAAAAGCAGGCUGAUUAGUUUGGAACCAGACUUCAAGUAGAGAUAACAUUUGGUGAAUAAGAAAACAUCACAUUACAUUUUGGAUGUAUGAAAGAAAACUUGACCAUUUGAAGAUGUAUGAAUAAAGAAAUGUACUAUAGAUACUACUUUAGGAAAGCACUGUUUGUAGUCGUGAAAGAUGCCAAAUUGGCAGAGGCUCACGUUUCUUCUCUUUACACCAAACAGCAGAGGGAGAUCAUCAUUGCCUGAAUUUAGCUUUGUGACUACAACAGCAAGACCUGUUCCUGUCUGGAGACGACUGUUAUAAUAUGAUACUAUCACUUUAUGUUUGCCCUUUACCAGUUUGAAUAGAUGUUUACAUGUACCAUAAUUAGCAUUUUUAUUUUUCCAGUUCUUUUAGGGUACAUCUGAGUCCAGAAGUAAAUCUGAGUGUGUGCUUUGUCUGAUGUUAUAUUUAAAUGUUUUCUCCCCUUUAUAGCCGUUUGUUUUUAAACACUCUUAAGAAGGAAAAAAAAAAAUCCUCUUGGUUUUCCUAACAUGAAAUGAGUUUUCAGGCUCAGCCAAGUUGAAAUUGUAUCUAGGAAAUCUAUGAAGCCAUGAUACUAUGUUCAUCAGCAUGAACAAUCUAGAAUGAUGAAAGUGAUUAAAAAGUUAAACCGUGGUUUGGCUUUAAUUUUUCUGGGCUUUAGGAUAUGUUUCUGGAGUUAGGAUGGUUACUUACAGUAAUUUUGAACAAAUGGUUAAAAUAUUUUUUUCACAUGGUAAUAACUUGCCUGUUUCUUCUAAAUAUAUUUAUUGAAGUCUAUGCCAAGGCCACUUACCCAAAUAAUUUUUAAAAAUUCUUAACUCUUCAAAAUCAACAAGGAGAAUAAUUUGCUUUUCAAGUAGUAUGGGAUGAUCUGUGAAUUAUAAAUAUUGAGAAAUAUCUAAUGAAUGUCUGAUUUACACAGUAUUUCCUUGUUUUCUUUACUUGCAACCAAGACAUCAAAGACAAUCUUAAAAGCAAGGGGAAAUAGUGUGUCUAACACUGUUAGACUGUAGUUUUCCUGCCUUAAGAGGUGUAUGUCUGUGUUAUUUGUUUAUAAGCAAUAUGGUGUAGAAUUAUUUAUAAAGAGUGAAGUUAAAUUUUAUUCUAAAUUUUCAUCCAAAAUACCCUCUUUAUAAUGGGCACCAUAAAGUUUUCAGUUAUUGAUUUGUUAGUAUUCCUUCUUAGAUUCUCAUUAACAUUUUAGAAGUUAGAAGUUACACUUAAUCGCAACUUUUCAUUAAAAGGGUCCAAAUUAUAUUUGAUUCUCUUCACCCUUGUUUUCCUUUUGUUUUUAGUUCCAUUCAGCCAUGCUCACAUUUUCACCUUUUUGUGCAAAGUUAACUAUUCUGCAAGCACUUUCUCUUGAGUAUGCAUUGCAUUUGUUGUCAGGAAAAAAGAAUGAAUACAUCAGACAUAAUGUAAAUUAUCUAUUUUGACUCAUAUUAAUUGAAAACAGCAUGGUUAAUGUAGACUUGGUUUAAAGGAACAGUAAGUAUUUUGGAAAUUUUUCUUACCUAUGACCUUGUAGCCUACAAGGCAUUUUAAAAAUUAGACUUUUGUAUUAGUGCACAUUGUAAACUAACAUGUAGCCGCUGGGAAUUCAGAGAUAUUUUCCCAGGUCAGUUCAGUAUUUUUUCUUUAUAAGGAAAGAGUCUCUGUCUGUGUAAUAGUUAGAAUAGUUCUAACGUGCUGGUCUGAAAACCCAAAGAUAAUUCUCUGAAGAGACCAUACUUGCUGUUAACAGCUUUGGGUUGAUUAAUAGCUGUGGAUCACAUACCACUACUCUCUCUUAUUUUGUCAUCUUCCUCUUCCCCCCCCCCCCCUUGCUUUUAAAUUAAAAACAAAAUAAAGCAAAAUGAAAUUGAACAUGCCAUUGGGAUCAGAAAUUGAGAUGAUUUAAUUGUCGUUAAAAUCAUUGCACUUUUUGAAAAAUUGCUUUGCGAUCUGGUAGGUCAGGUACAUAUUUUAGUAAGUUCUCAUGUUUAUUAAUUAAAGAUGAGGAUUUUCAUUAUUUCCCUGAAGAAGAUUCUCAUGGAGCUAUAUGUAGAUAACUGUACAGAAUCACUUUUGUGUAAUUGAAUGAAGCAGUUUACCUCUGCCUGAUUACAUUAUGAAAGCCUUUUAUAUAUCUUUAUAUUUUUCAAUAUACCUAGAUAUUACACUAUUAGCUGCCCUAGUCAUGCUAUAUGUGUUGUUUUUUUUUCAAAUAGAGUUUAUAAAUAUUUGUGCUCAAAGUACAGAUCAAUUGAAUAUUUUUGGUCUUGUUUACAAGAGAAAUAAUACUUUAAAGCGAUGCAGCCCCUCAAGUGUCUUAGGAAAAAGUCAUUGGUGCUACAAAACCUUUCAAUAUCAUUUUUCAACCUGUUAUCCAGACUUUGCUGAGCUUAAAUCUAUGAUUGCUUAUAACUUAAUCUAAUCUAGCAGCAUAAUUAUAAAAGUGGUCUGUGAUGAGUCAGGUAAAGAGCCCAGCCAAUUAGAAACACCCUGUAAUUUAAAGAGAAGGAUGCAGAAUGACAUUAUGCUAAUUGGUGUCCAACUUCCGAGAAAGAAAAUAUUUUCUUCAAUUUGUCAGCAGCUCUUUUGAUAAGAGGAAUUGUGUCAAUAUGACUAGGCUAAAAAAAAAAAAGAUACAUUGAGCAUGGCUCAAUUUUCCCAAUUGCAAAUGGAAAACGUUUCUAGUCCUAAAAAAUGGUGUAAUCCUCUUCUGCUUUCAAUUCCCAUCUGUCUUUUACUCAUCAGGAGGCAGGGUAAUUCUUAAAUAUUUAUAGAACAUUUGAUGAGUUGUAAAGAGAUGUAUUAUUUACAUUGUACAAGUUGCGUGUUGAUGUGCAGAUUUUCUGCAUCUGCAAGACUUCAUUCCAGCACCUUAGUGAAUGUUCUUAAGAUACAAUUUUUAAGUAUCAGCAAAGCAUUCAUAGAUGUUUACUUUUGAUUCUCAGAAUCCUGAACCUGUUUUGGGUGUGAUAUUACUUCAGAACAUGUCUGGCACAAGAUUUCCUUUAAUAGUGGUUUAGUUUAACUUAAUUUCUGUGGAUUGUUGAACCUAAAAACACCAAAGGAAUUCCUUCUUGUCUGGAGACUGGGUUAUUCCAGUUCUUAAUACCUGUGCCCAUAAGUAUCCCAUUUCAUGAAUGUGUGUUGGCAUGGGGGAAAAAUUCCCUGCUCUUUGAGUGGAGCGAAAGUAAUUGGUUAAGCUGUAGCAGCUUUUUUGUUUAUUUCUAAAGUGAUAAAACUUGAAAAUGGUAAAACUUGAACUAGAAAACUACUCUUGUAUGCCUAGAAUGUUUAUAGUAUUACGUGUUUCUGUGGGGUUGUCAACAUUUUUUAUUAUUUAUAGUUGAAUUAUGUUGUUUUGUUUGUUAAUACCCAUAAUGUUUAUUAUUUUUAUAUUUUGAAAAUUUUUAAAAUAAAAUAGUCUUACUAAAAGCA